CCGGCCUGCCUCAGCAGAAAAACCGCCCCCGGUAUUAUUUUCCACUCGGCUCUCUCUUCCUUAAAAAUUCCACCGCCACCAUUUCCCACUCCACAAACAAACGAUCUUCCCAAUUUACUCUUUCUCCUUUUUAUAAAUUUCUUUGAAAAAUGGAUACCAACCUCGGAUCAGUUGACAGUUGCAAACCAAGUUCCAACGACGUUUGCAGUCCACCAAACGGCAACGUUUCCACCAUCCAAAGUUCCGUUUCUCUCACCGUCGUCAACGGCUCUGAAGCCACUCUGGGCCGUCACUUAGCUAGGCGGCUCGUUCAGAUCGGGGUGAAAGAUGUUUUCUCCGUUCCCGGGGAUUUCAAUUUGACUUUGCUUGACCAUUUGAUUGCCGAGCCAGGGCUUAACUUAGUCGGCUGCUGCAACGAGCUCAACGCUGGGUACGCAGCUGACGGUUACGCUAGAUCACGUGGCGUCGGCGCUUGCGUUGUGACGUUCACCGUUGGUGGGCUCAGCGUCUUGAACGCCAUCGCCGGUGCUUAUAGUGAGAAUCUACCGCUUAUUUGCAUCGUUGGUGGACCCAACUCCAAUGACUAUGGAACGAACCGGAUUCUUCACCAUACUAUUGGCUUGCCUGAUUUUAGUCAAGAGCUUAGAUGUUUCCAGACUGUUACUUGCUAUCAGGCUGUGGUGAAUAACUUGGAGGAUGCUCAUGAAUUGAUCGACACAGCUAUUUCAACUGCUUUGAAAGAAAGCAAGCCUGUUUAUAUCAGCAUCAGCUGUAAUUUGCCUGCAAUUCCACACCCCACUUUUAGCCGCGAGCCUGUUCCGUUUUCACUCUCUCCAAAAUUAAGUAAUAAGAUGGGAUUAGAUGCGGCGGUGGAGGCGGCUGCAGAGUUCUUGAACAAGGCGGUGAAACCGGUUAUAGUAGGUGGACCGAAGCUGCGUGUUGCAAAGGCAUGUGAGGCUUUUGUUGAGUUGGCCGAUGCUAGCGGUUAUGCCGUGGCGGUGAUGCCAUCGGCUAAAGGGCUUGUCCCCGAGCAACAUCCUCAUUUCAUCGGGACAUAUUGGGGCGCUGUGAGUACCGCCUUUUGUGCCGAGAUCGUUGAAUCCGCUGACGCUUACUUAUUUGCCGGACCUAUUUAUAACGAUUACAGCUCGGUCGGGUACUCUCUACUUCUUAAGAAAGAGAAGGCAAUUAUUGUGCAGCCUGAACGGGUAGUGAUCGGUAAUGGGCCUGCAUUUGGUUGUGUUUUGAUGAAAGAUUUCCUUAGAGAGCUUGCUAAGAGGCUCAAGCACAAUAAUACUGCUUAUGAGAAUUACCAUAGGAUUUUUGUCCCAGAGGGACAUCCCCUGAAAGCAGCACCUAAAGAGCCUCUGAGGGUAAAUGUUCUGUUUCAGCAUAUACAGAAGAUGCUUUCCGGUGAAUCCGCUGUCAUAGCUGAAACCGGGGAUUCUUGGUUUAAUUGUCAAAAGCUGAAGUUGCCUACAGGGUGUGGGUAUGAAUUCCAAAUGCAGUAUGGAUCAAUUGGGUGGUCAGUUGGUGCCACUCUUGGAUAUGCACAGGCCGUUCCAGAGAAACGCGUCAUUGCUUGCAUUGGCGAUGGUAGUUUCCAGGUGACCGCACAAGAUGUGUCCACAAUGCUGCGAUGUGGGCAGAAGACCAUUAUCUUCCUCAUCAACAAUGGUGGCUACACCAUUGAAGUUGAGAUUCAUGAUGGACCAUACAAUGUGAUCAAGAACUGGAACUACACUGCCCUGGUUGAUGCAAUUCAUAACGGUGAAGGCAAGUGCUGGACAUCCAAGGUAUUUUGUGAGGAAGAGCUCAUUGAAGCAAUUGAGACGGCAACAGGAGCCAAGAAGGACUGCUUAUGCUUCAUUGAGGUGAUAGUUCACAAGGACGAUACUAGCAAAGAGCUGCUGGAGUGGGGAUCUAGGGUCUCUGAUGCUAAUAGCAGGCCCCCAAAUCCUCAGUAAACUCUUUUCGCUGCCUUCGACAUGGGAUGUUUCAUGCUUUAACCUUUUCAAGUUCAUGUGAAUUUCUAGUAUGAGUUAUGAAUUAAAAAUCUGCU